CUAUAAUUUAACUGUCUUGUUGCAUACCUUUUCUCUGCGGCUGUUUUUCUCUUCUGAAUAAAGUAACAAAACAAUUUACUGCCAAAACUACUUCCAAGUAAAUUUUAAACAGUAAAAUUUUAAAUUAAACAGUAACACGAUACGAAAAUGGCUGCUUUGGUGGUUCAAUCUCGUUUUGCCGGAUUGAAAAUUGAAGAUGACGAUAAUCCUACAUGUAAUGACAACCAAAAAACAAAAAAAGCGAAAACAAAUACUGCCAAAAAGCCUGAACCUGCCAAGAAAAUUAAACCUCAAAAUACCAAACCACAGUCUGCAGGGAAGAAAAAGAAGACCAAACAGAAUUCUGCUUCAUCUGAGCAGUGGGAGACUUGGAAACAGAAGGAUGAGCAGCUGGUUGAUGGCAACUUUGAAUCAGAGUUACAGCAGGCAAUACUCUUAUCAAAACUUGACUUUGAAGAGAAAAAAGAUGUAUACAAACAGUCCAAGAAGGAAGCAGAACUCGAAAAGAAGUCAUCAGAACAAAAUACUAAAGCAGGAUCUAAGAAACAAAAGAAAAAAAAUGUGAUGAGCCUUGACCAGUUCAAUGUGAUGAUAAGUGGAGAAGAUAAUAGAGUAAAUCAUGAGGAAGAUCCAGAUGAAGAUCCUAAAUCCAAAUCCCCUGACAAAGAUACUGAGUUCUUUAAAAGGGUGACUGAUGAUGCCAAGACAGAGUUGAUAAAGGACAAAGUUUAUGAUAGGAUCCGAACUCGACUAGCGGUGCCCGACGAAGUUAUUACUAGGGUACAGUUUGCUGACGCACUGGAGAAGAAGGACAAAGAAAUUUCAGCUUUGAAGCAGGAGGUCGACAGUUUGAAAAAGGAACUUAAUACAGUCAGGUCUAGGAACAGGAAACUGUGCAAUAUCCUUGGACAGGGCGAAAUGAAAGAUAAAGCAGAAGUGUUAGUGGAGGUGGAACGUCUGAGGGCGGUACAAUCAGAGCUCACGGCAGAGCUCGCCACACUACACACGGAACUCGAGAAAGAACGGUCCAAGAACACAGACCCGAGAGCUAAAGAUAAGAAAAAUUCAACUAAAAAGAAAAAUAUACGCUUUGACGUUUCAUCUGAAGCAAUAUUAUGUAAAGAAUCAAGCUCGGGGACUGCUUAGUAGAGGAGAAUGUAUUUUUUAUAGAAACUUAAUAGCUCUAAAAAUAGAAAUAAAGAUUUAUGAUUACUUC